CCCACCCAAAAUAUCACCCAAAUUUCCUCAUAAAUUCGCUAAUCUUCAACUUUAAAUCUCGAUCGACGCAAGUACGCAAUCUCACCAUUGGUAAUCUCAACAUCUUUCACCCUUGUUCUCGUUUCAAUUUUCGCAUAAUAAUGCAAUUAACUGUAUGUUCCUAAUUCUUUUCGCUACUUGAUUUUUAAGUCUUCUUAUUGCUUUCAUGUGCUGAAUUUGAUUUUGUUAUUAUAAAUCGUCUCUGAAUUGUUUCGUUUUGUGUUUCGGAAUGAGCGGAAUCGAGUAAAUUGGUAAUCUAGGGUUUCUUUUUAUAUUUAUAUACAGGAAAUUAAGUUCUCUUGAUUUGAUUGUAUCUGAAUGUGUUGAGUUAAGAUGCCUCUGUUAGUUGAUAACUCUUUUAAGGUAUUUGAUUGAUUAAGUUAGUGAUUGUAAAAAAAAAAAGUUAGUGAGUGUUUUGCUUACUUUGAAUAAUAUGCAUUUUUUUUUUCAAAUCUGCUUGAGUCUUUGAACAAAUUAGACUAGAGAUGAUGAAAAUAUCUUAUAUUUUGGUGUUUGAAAGUUAUUGGCUUUUGGGAUCAAACCGCACCGGAUCGCUACACGCUUUUAAAAACCAAAAUAACUUAGUCCUACACUACUCUAAUCAACAAACAAGUGUUGUUGAUCCUUUUCUUUCACUAGUUUUCUGUAAUUUUACUAAAAGUUUUACUUGUAAGUUUAUCCAGUCAAAAGGCUCACUUGUCGAUGACCAGGAAUACGUAAUUAUGUGAAUGUUUGUUGUGCUCCGCGUUCAGGAUUGAUCUAGUCACAUGGUUUAGUACGAGAUAUUUCUUUUUAGUUAUAUUUGAUAAUCAUAAUGGACCCUGCACGGUCGAACUCUGGAACUGCUGAGGAUAAUACUGGAAUUCCUGAUGAUUUACGUUGCAAGAGAUCAGACGGUAAACAGUGGAGAUGCCAUGCGAUGUCCAUGCCGGACAAAACCGUAUGUGAAAAACACUACAUUCAAGCAAAGAAACGAGCUGCAAAUUCUGCAAUGAGGGCCAGUCUCAAGAAAGCAAAAAGGAAACCUGCAGGUGAAAGUGACAGUUAUUUAGAGAGUAAAAGUGAUGAUAUGGAUUCACCUCUCGUGGAUUACCGAACGUCAGAUAAACAGAAAGAUAAGUCGUCGAAGAAGCUAAUAAGUUAUUCACCUGAAACACCUUCAUUUAAGACUUUAUCUGUUCACAUUUCUUCAAAAUCGAAUGACGAUCUACAAAGAGAUAUGGAUGAAUCUGAAGAGACACCAAAGGCUUACCAGACACCAUCGUCUGUUGCUGAUUCAUCAAAGAGCAGAUCUGAGAAGAUGCAUAAUGCUAGUGCUAUGACUGAAACUUCUGAUGGGAGUUCAGAAUCAUCUGAAGAUACAGGUGGACAAAUUUGUCAUCAGUGCCGACGAGAUGACGCACAGAAUAUUGUUUGGUGCGCUAAAUGUGAUAGGAGAGGAUAUUGUGAUAAAUGCAUUUCCACAUGGUAUCCUGACAUUCCCGCUGAAGAAAUCCAUAGAAUUUGCCCUGCAUGUCGAGGUUGCUGUAACUGCAAGAUGUGUUUACGUGGCGAUAAUAUGAUAAAGGGAAAAAUACGGGAAAUACCUGUGCAAGAUAAACUAGAGCAUCUAUUUUGUCUUUUGUCUUCUGUGCUUCCUGUGGUCAAACAGAUCCACUUUAACCAGUGCUUCGAAUUAGAACUUGAAAGAAAGCUUCGAGGAAACAGAAUAGAUCUUCCAAGGACGAAACUAAAUGCAGAUGAGCAAAUGUGCUGUGACUUCUGCAGAAUUCCGAUUAUUGAUUAUCACCGACACUGUGCGAAAUGCUCAUAUGAUAUAUGCCUUAGAUGCUGCCAAGACGUAAGAAAAGCCUCAAAAGACGGCGGUGAACCAGAUGCUAGCAGAAUUCAAGAUGAAGAUAUAAAUAUUAUCGAAAAUCAAGAAAACCCGUUAAAACAACGAAUAAGAUUAUCCGAUAAGCUUCGUGAUUGGAAAGCCAACGCUGAUGGCAGUGUUCCAUGUCCUCCGAAACAACACGGUGGUUGUGGUAACUCACCGUUGGUGCUAAAACGUAUUUUUAAAAUGAAUUGGGUGGCAAAACUUGUGAAAAACGUCGAUGAAAUGGUUAGUGGGUGUAAAAUGUAUGACAUCAGCCCUAAAAAUAUAGGUGGUUUAAGCAAUUUGUUGUAUGGUCCAUCUUGUGAAGAUAUAAAAAGCGAAGGGAUCGGUGAAUUUAGAAAACAUUGGCGUAAAGGUGAACCGGUUAUAAUUAAGGGGGUUUGCGAUGAGUCAUCAAUGUUAGGUUGGGAUCCUAUGAUGAUGUGGAAAGGAAUUCAAGAGACAACUGAGGAAAGAACAAAGGAAGAUAAUAGAAUUGUGAAGGCCGUAGAUUGCUUUGACCGGUCUGAGAUAGAUAUCGAACUUGGAGAAUUUAUCAGAGGAUACUCUGAGGGCAUCAUACGGGAAAAUAAUCAGCAACGUAUGUUAGUUUUGAAAAACUGGCCUUCUCCGAGCGCGUCUGAAGAAUUUUUAUUAUACCAGAGACCGGAGUUUAUUAGUAAACUACCUUUGCUCGAAUAUAUUCAUUCCAAGUGGGGCCUACUAAAUCUUGCUGCAAAGUUACCUCAUUACUCCCUGCAGAACGAUGUCGGGCCGAAGAUAUUGAUUUCUUAUGGAACGUCUGACGAACUUGGUCAAGGUGACUCGGUCAACAUGCUUCGUUUCAAUAUGCGUGAUGUGGUAUACCUGCUAGUGCAUACAUGUGAAGUAAAGAGCAAGUUACGAACAAAUGCACCAAAAUCACCAAUUGCAGAACACGAUGCAAAAAACGACGAGGAAAUAAAUAUAGAUUUAAUGGAAGUUGAUACCACUGAAACCCUAGGAAUUAGUGAUACCGGUAACGAGAAAGCUCUUAAAUGUGAAGAUUUAAACAAAAUUAGCGAGGGGACGUUUACAAAGAGCCAACCAGGAGCAAUUUGGGACAUUUUUCGCCGUGAAGACGUUCUGAAGCUGGUUGAGUAUAUGCGACUUCAUUGGAAUGAAUUUGGUUUCCCUGAUGACAUCAUAAUUGAUUCUGUACCGCAACCUCUUCAUGAAGGAAUGAUAUUCUUGAACAGUCACCAUAAAAGGAAGCUAAAAGAAGAAUUUGGUAUAGAGCCAUGGUCAAUUGAACAGCAUUUAGGAGUUGCGGUAUUUAUCCCCACUGGAUGUCCUUUUCAAGUGAGGAACCUUCAGUCAACGGUUCAAUUAGGCCUCGAUUUUCUUUUCCCCGAAAGUUUACCAGAGGCUGUAAGAUUAGCUGGAGAAAUCCGUGAGCUUCCUAAUGACCAUGAUGCAAAGCUUCAAACGUUAGAGGCUGGAAAAAUCUCAUUGUAUGCAGCAAGUUCAUCUAUCAAGGAAGUUAAAAAAUUGGUGUUGGAUCCAAAGUUUGGUGCAGAGCUCGCUUUCGAAGAUCCAAACCUAACGAAAUUGGUUUCACUGAAUCUCGAGAAGAUGAGUAAACGGCAGGUGGCGUGUGCUUAAACAUGCAGUUUCUGUCAAUGUAAUCUAAAUAUAUAAUUACAAACCCUACGUCGACAUGUUUUACGGCAAGACUUGCAUUUAUGUGACGAAAAAGAUUUAACUAUAGUCUAAUAGCAUUUAGGAGCUUCACUACA